AAAAGGAUAAAAACGUUUUGCGAGAGGAAAUUAGGGUUUUAUUCUCGAUAAUGGCUACGAAUCCAAGCGACGGCGACAUGACUGACGGAGAAAAAAGCAGCGAGCAAGAGAUGUCGAAAUCCACGGGGGCGUCUAGUGAGUAUAACGGUUCGAUUCCGAAAAAACGCAAGAUCGAUGCGGAUUCUGUUGAUUUAGGCAAAGACGAGGAGGAGAAGGACGAAGAAGAAGACAGCUGCGAAAGCGACCAACUUUGGGGAUUCGAUAGCUUCGAUGAUACAGAUUAUGAAUCCGAGCAGAGUGAUGAUGAUGAGGAAUUUGAAUGGAAUCGGUAUCUGUGCCACGUUUACAACAGCCGGGGUUUCAAGGUGGAUAGUGAAAUCAUUCCAGAUCGGCCUUUUCAAGGGUUUCGUCCAUUCAAUUUCAAUGGUUCGUUUCUGCCCAACAUCUCGGGACGUGAGUACAUGGACAAUAUGGCAAAUUUGGCUCUUGAUAAGUACAACCAACACAAUCAAACCAAUGUGGUGUUUGACCAUGUCGUGAGGGUCGUGGUGAAAUUGAGCACUGGGGUCAAAUCCUACAUAACUUUUAUGGCUAGAGAGUCUCCUCAAGGUGAUCUCAUUGAGUAUCAAGCCAAGACUGACUGGAAGGUGUGGCAGAGAAAUGCUCAUGCCAUUCUCUGCAGACCAGCUCCUGAGAUGAAACCUAUUCCAGAGAGAUAUUUACCCAAACCUCUGCAAACCCACUCCUAAACAGGAAAUUCUAUCAUCCUCGGUCAAAAGAGGUCAAUAUCUAUUUUUGCUUUCGACGGGUCAAUUCAUGUGAUUUGUCAAUAAAUGAAAAGAUGCAUG